GGAAGCAAUUCACACAUUUUUGAGAUCCAAGAAGGCCUGGGAUGUUUGUAAAAUUCGACCUGGUCAAGGGGGUACAGUACUUGAAUCAUUCUAAUUCGUGAACUCAUACAGUCAACAUCAAAAAUAAAACAAAAAGUUUACUUCUGAAAAUCAAAAAAGAGAAAAACAAAAGUGAAAACAUGUUGACUGUUCAAUUGAUCAUGCAAUCCGGAAAGCCAUUGGUUACGAACCUCCCAAUCUCAGCUACCGUAUACGAGCUAAAGGCUGAGCUUCAGAGCCUUCUCAAUAUUGAGCCGGAAACAUUGGAGAUUUCUGCAUCUGAUGUAACGUGUGCCAAUUCAGAUCUUUUAAUAGAAGUUGCUGGUCUAGGCAAAAACAAACAAAUUAAGCCGGUUGUGUCUUGCUAUGAAGGCAACAAUUUUGUGGGCUUGAUACUAUUUUCCCUUGGGGGCGAGGAUUUCGCCGAUCCAUUAGUCGAUAAUUCAGUGUCAGACUCAAGUAUCGAAGAUAGUGAAUCUUCCGUCAUUGAGCUAUCCUCGGGAUCUAGUGGCGGAUCCGUCCAGCCAUCCACUAUUGAUUGCAAGCGAGGUAUUAAACGAAAAGCCCAAGGACAUGAAAUAACCAUAGAGACUAAACGGAUCAAAUAUGUUCUCGAAUCCAGUGAGGAGAGUCUAGAAAACCACUCGUAUGGAGAUAUGCAGGAGGCAUGCGAUAUGGGAGGCUGCGGAAUAAAGUCCGACCACGCCCGAAAUGUUCGCUGUUUGGAUUUCAAUGAGGUGACUCCAGACACUGAGUACAAUGGGCGGCUGUACAUUGCAGCGGCCAAUGAGGAUACGAUGGACUGGGUGGCGGGCAACGUAUGCUCCAUGGAGACAUAUCAGGCCACCAGUCUCAUAGACUUCCUACACCUGACACCGGCCAGAGUUACAUGGCCAAAGGUCGAGAAGUGUUUCCAAGCAAUUUUCGAGCUUCUGGAACAGCAGAAUGCUGAUAUUACGACGGAGAAGUGGGCCGUGCCAUUGGUUACGAACCUCCCAAUCUCAGCUACCGUAUACGAGCUAAAGGCUGAGCUUCAGAGCCUUCUCAAUAUUGAGCCGGAAACAUUGGAGAUUUCUGCAUCUGAUGAUUUCGCCGAUCCAUUAGUCGAUAAUUCAGUGUCAGACUCAAGUAUCGAAGAUAGUGAAUCUUCCGUCAUUGAGCUAUCCUCGGGAUCUAGUGGCGGAUCCGUCCAGCCAUCCACUAUUGAUUGCAAGCGAGGUAUUAAACGAAAAGCCCAAGGACAUGAAAUAACCAUAGAGACUAAACGGAUCAAAUAUGUUCUCGAAUCCAGUGAGGAGAGUCUAGAAAACCACUCGUAUGGAGAUAUGCAGGAGGCAUGCGAUAUGGGAGGCUGCGGAAUAAAGUCCCGACCACGCCCGGUUAAACAUGAAAUCGAAAUGGAACCUGAUGUUAUAAAUGGUCAGCGGCCCCCGUACGUUAACAUUCUCCCAGAGAACAGGCCGUUUGUCGUGGUUAUAUCUUCCUCAGAAUGUGAGAAAAACUUUUGCGACCUGUUGGAAGAGUUCUUUGGAAUUUUUAAGGAUUUCAGAAAUGUUCGCUGUUUGGAUUUCAAUGAGGUGACUCCAGACACUGAGUACAAUGGGCGGCUGUACAUUGCAGCGGCCAAUGAGGAUACGAUGGACUGGUGGCGGGCAACGUAUGCUCCAUGGAGACAUAUCAGGCCACCAGUCUCAUAG